GCAACGAGAAGAAGCUGACAUUUCCGGUUGCAGACACCUGUAAAUUUCACAUAAAAUAUGAAAUUAACUCCAAUAUUCGCUUUCUAGAUACGUGCAUAUGCUAAAAUAUGUUCAAGAAUUUGAGAAAAAAGCUUGAGCAAGGUGUCAACCAAACCCCUUUGAAAGGAGCACUAGCAUCGGCUUCUAAGCUUUUAGAUGAAAAGCCACCAGAAAAUCCUCCAUUAGCGGAGAGCACGCCAAAGAAACAAGGAGCGAAUGAAGAUGGAAACCAAUCCAAUGCUUCAGAUGUGUCAGGCUACGCGACUGCUAACCAGUCACUGGAAGGAAGUCCAGCCACAAUACCAGUUGGUCAGUUGAUAGAUAUACCACUACAAGACACUAGUAGUGAGUCUUCAGCGAGCAACCUCCCAGGUGAUGUUACACCUCGUGCCUCACGUUCAAGAACAUCCUCCAUCAGUUCUGUGACCAGUGACAGCUCAUUCUUUACCAAUGUUAGUUUUCCACAGCACCAUUACUCGCUUCCCUCCGACAUGGAGUCAGAAAUGGACGAGUCUGGGACAGAUCUCAACACGGUCAGUAAGGAGGAUCUCUACCAUUAUAUACAGAAAUACCAGAAGAGGGCCACAAGGUAUAAAUCCAAGUUUAUGGAGCUUGUCACAGUUUAUAAAGAUAUGGUUCAGGAGAGAGAUAAAUUCAAGAACACAUUAACACAGUCGCAGGACCGUGCAUUCCGUCGUAUCUCCGAGUUGAAAGAACAGAUACAGCUAGAUCAGAAAGCCAAAAAAGAUCUUGAAGAAAAUUACAACUUUGUCAUUGAUGAAAAGGGAGAAUUCAUAAAGGUUUUACAAAAACAGGUGCAGCUGUUGAAGGAGGGUAAGGAUAUUCCUCCAGAUUUACAGGAGAAAAUACUGGCUGGUAAGGAGGAGACACAAGAACAGUCAGAGAAGAUGACACAGAUGCAAGCAGAAGUGAAUUCCCUGAAAGAAAAGUUGAAACAUCAAGAUGGUUUACUACAGCGGUGUAAAGAAAUCAUUAAGUCGAGCAAAGAGAAAUAUUCCCAGCUGUCAGAGGAGAAGACUGAAGUGGAGAAACAACUGGAAGACACAAACAUGGAACUUGUAAAAUUAAAGGGCAGUGCAUCACCAGAUACUGUAUCAAAACUGCAAAACCAGAUCAAACAGGCAAGACAGGUUAUAGAACAGUUGGAGACAGACAGAGAGAUAGCCAUUGCUGAGGUAAAGCAGCAAGUUCACGAAGAGAUGGAGAGAAAAGAUCAGGAGUUAUCUGAAGUAAGGUCACAGACACAUGGUAUGGUUGAAGAAAACAAAGAUCUCAAGGAAAAGAUUGAAAAACUUGAAAAGGCUUCUGCUGAUCAACUUGAAAAAUCAAGAGAAAUAAUAAAGCGAUUGAAAGAAGACAGGAAGAGAUUGAUAGAUGAAUAUGAGGGAAAACUUAGAGGGAGAGAAGAACAAAUGGAAACAGAGAAAGAAAGCCUCGUUCAGGAAAUAUCACGAGGAAAAUCAGCAGCAGUUACGUUGAUGCAGGAGCAGGCAAGCAAGCAAACUGAAGAAAAGGUGAAUGAGGCUCUAAUAGAGAGGGACGAAGUUUGGCAGAAAAAAAUGUCAGACCAGGAGAUGGCACAUCAAGAAAUUGUCAUGACUAAAGAGAGAGAAUUGCAGCAGUUGCAGGCCAGAUUAGAUGAAGAAGUAGGAAAGUUAAAAGCUGAAAAUGAACAUUCUGUAAAAUCAAUUCAAGAGGAAACCAGAAACAAACUACAGGAGAAGGAGCAUGAGAUGCAGCUUGCUAUGGAGGAGAGAGACCUGCACAAAAUGGCCACCCUGUCUCAGCAGGACACAUUGAGAGACGAGCUACAUGUCCAGUUAGAACAGCUGCAGAAGGAAAAGUCUGAACUAGAAACACUGGUACACCAAAUGCAAGUGGAGGCAGACAACCAGAAACAAGAAUUUGAGAAGCAGUUGCACGACCUGCAUGACAAGGCCGGCCAACAAGUGUCAGAGUUGACCACAGAUCACGAGCGAUACGUGGCAGAAAUCUUGACACAGCAUGAGAAGAGUAUGCAAGAAAAAACUGAUGAUUUGGUUGACAAGCAUGCAGCUCAGAUUGCCGAUCUCAUACGUAAACAUGACGAUCAAAUGCAUGGAUCUAAUGCAGAACUUGAAAAAUACUAUGCAGAAGAAAUGAACAAAAUGAAGGCCAACUCGGAGAGGAUGUUAUUGGAGAAAAAUCAACAGACUGAGAAACUUAACAUUAUGUUGAAUCAGCUACGGUCAGAUUUAUCAAUAAAGGAGCAAGAGCUGGAGCAGAGGAGUGUGGAGUUCAGAAACAAGAUGGAGGAGACAAACAAAAGUUACAAGGAGAGAAUUGAGAUAUGUGAUCAGUUACAAACUGAAUUAGAUAAGGUAAGAGGAGAGUAUGAAAAUAACAAGUCUGUGAUGGAGAAAGAGUUGGAAGAACUAAGAAAGAAAGUGUCCAAUAUGGCAGAGUCUAAGGAUACAAAGGAAGCUGAAAAUACAGAGAUUAAAAGACAGAUGGAUGAACUGUCGGAACAACUAACAUCUGUAACAGAGAUUAAAUCAAGUCUGGAGACAGAGAAUGGAGAGCUGAAAUCCCAGCUGGACAGACUGAACAAGGAGGUGGAGGAGAAGUAUGAAAGUGCUGAUAGUAAAGUUAAAGAUCUCUUGCAGCAGGUAAAUGAGCUGGAGUCCCAAAAGAUGGAUGUUGCACAGGAAAAGCAGAGAAUCCAUGAUGAAAAUAAUGAAAACUUGAAAAAGAUCAGCGAGUUAGAAUCCAGUAUAGCAGACAAGGACAUUGAGAUUGAACAGCUAGGUGUAAAGAUAAAAGAUCAUAUCACUGAAAUUGAAAGUCUGAAAGCAGGGAAUGAAAAGUAUUUGAAAGAUAUUGAGAACAUGAGAACUGAACUUGAUUGUAAAGACUUGGAGAUCAAAAGACUUAAUGAGGAAUUAGAAAAUGAAAUGAAAAAACAUAAAGAAAUGAUUUUGUCAAAGGAUGAGACUAUCGCAGAAAAGUGUCAAGAAUUGGAAAAGGAAAAAGAACUUAGAACUGAAGAACAGAAAGCUCUGGAAGAAAGUUUUAAAACCAAGUUUCAGGAGAAACAGAAUCAGUUUAAAGAGAAUUUUAAAAAGAUGAAAGAAAAGUUUCAAGAAAAAUUGAAAGAAAAAGAUGAUGGUUUUGAAACAAAACUGCAAGAUAUUAUGAAAGAGAAAGAUACUGGAACAGAAGAUUUGACAAAGAAGUUGGAAAGCCAUUAUCAGCAGCAAAUGGUUGAAAUAGAAGAGAAGCAUAAAAAUGAAAUUCUCAGUACAACUAAAGAAUUUGAAGAUAGUAUAGAAAAAAUUCAAGAGGAACACCAAAAACAAAUUGAUAAUUUUGAAGCUGAAACAAAGACAUUAAAAGAGAGUAAUGAAAAAAUGAAGAGUGGUCUUGAGGAAGAAAUCGAAACUUUGAAAUCAAGUGCUGAAAAGGUUAGAAGUGACCUGGAAAGUGAGAUACAACUACUUAAAAGUGAUGCCGAAAAGGAUAAAGCCAGUUUUGAAGUGGAAAAGGCAAAAUUAAUUAAAAGCUAUGAUGAUCAAGUUGAAACUUUGAAAGAACAGUUUAAUUUGUCAAAUGCAAGAAUUGAAGAGUUAGAAGCAAAGUGUUCAAAUUAUGAAAGUGAAAAAGAAGACCUAUCUAAAAGACUGUCUGAAUUAGAGAACAGUUCUGUUUCACAGGUCACAGAAGCAAGCCAAAAAUGCGAAAACUUGAAUCACCAGUUGUAUAGCAUCUCAGAAAAACAUGAUACAGAAAUCCAAGAAAAAGAAACCAAAAUCUCAGAACUGUCUGAUACAGUUAAAAGUUUACAGAGCACUAAUGCCUCUUUGGAAGAAAUGUUGAAAGAAAUAAAUACUCAGUGCCAAUCUAAAGAUGAUAGAAUGCUUAGACUGACUGAAGACUAUGAGACAAAUUUGCAGAGUUUAAGAACAGAGUAUCAGAACAAAAUUAACAGUAUGGAAAAUGAAGUGGAAGAGUUGAAAAUAAAAUGUGGCGAAAAAGAUAAAGAAACAACUAAGGAGAAAGAGCAGCAUCUUGCUGUUGUUGAAGAUUUGAAACAAAGACAUGAAAAGAGAAUUUCUGAGAUGUUACUGAAUGAUGAAGAAUUGCAAACACAUUUGAAAGUUUUGAAUGAGAAAGUGUCAGAUACUGAGAAAAAACUGCAAGAUUGUAUAGAAAAUUAUGAGAGGCAACUUGAAGAAUAUAGGAGUAAGUUGGAGAGACAGGGUCGUGCUUUGAGUGAGGAAAAGGAAGUCUUGGCAGCACAGCUGCUUGACAUGACUCAACAGGCACAGCAGAAAACUGAAGAACUUCAGUCACAGUUGAAUUCAAAGCUGAGUGAAACUGAGCAAGUUGCUGGUUUGAAGCAGAAUUUGGAGCAUGAAAAUGAAGUGUAUAAAGAGGAGAUUAAAACAUUGAAGUCAUCUAUAGAAAAUGAAAGAAAAAAAUGUGAAAAAUUAGUAAAUAGUGAAAAAAAACAAGGCAGUAGAAUUGAAGAAUUGGAAAAGGUUUUAGCAGAAGCUGAAAAGUUGAAAAUUGAAAACUCUGAGAAAAUAAAUAUGAUGGAACAGAGCUUGAAACAAAGUGAGGAUUCUCACAAAGUUGCAUUGGAAGAACUUGAAAAAUCUUGGCAAGAGAAAAUGAAAGAAAUGAAGUCAAAAUUUAUGGCAAAGUUGAAAGAAAUUCAGUCACAGGGUCAAGAAAAGGUGAAAGAGACAGAAGAAGUUUUAAGAGUGGAGAGAGAAGGAAGUGCAGAAAGGUUAGGAGAGUUGGUAAGAGAGAAGGAAGAAGUCUCUUCAGAACUUGCUCAUGCUAACACUAAACUUUUACAGCUAGAACAAAGCAAAGAAACUAUUCAAGAAAUGGAACAGAAAAUUAAAAAGUUAGAAGAAAGAUUAAAAGAAAAUGCUGAAAAACAAAAUCAGUUAGACUCAGAAAAGGCCGAUUUAGACUUAAGAAUGAAAGGUUUAGUAGAUAGUGUUAAUGAAAAGGAUACAGAAAUUCAUCAGCUGAAAUCUGAGAAAAUUAGUUUAAAAUCUAGUGUUGAAACUCUUGAAGAAAAGGUUAGAAGUACUGAAGAGGAAUUAUCUAAUUUAGAAACAAGUAUUUCUUCAGGGAAAAGUGAAUAUCAAAUUAUCUGUGAUAAAAAUAAAUCCUUAGAGGAAACUGUGACUGCACUUGAAGAUGGUUUAAGAAAGAAAAGUGAUGAGGUGGUUCAAAAGGAGAUGUAUAUUGAAGAAAAUAUGCAAAGUCUUAAAAGUGCAAUAAAUAGUUUAGAAUCUAACAAAUUAGAACUAGAGUCAAAGUGUAAAGUUAUGGAAGAGGAAAAAGAAUCAUUAAAAUCUGAAUUACAUAAUCUGAAGGAAAAAGAAGAAGUUCACAAAGUUGAAACAGAGAAGUUACUGCAGUCAAACAAUGUGGAAUUAGAAACAAAGAGCAAAAAUUGGGAAGUAGAGAAAGAAUCUUUAAAAUCUGAAUUGAAUAGUCUUAAAGAGAAAGAGCAAGAAUUAGUAAAGUCACAUAAGGUUGAAAUAGAGAAACUAAAAGAGACUCUAGAAGUUGAAAGUGCUGAAAAAGUAGCUGAAUUUAAGAAGAAGGCAGAACUAUACAUUUCACAGGUUAAGAACAAGUUGAAAAGUGAAAAGGAAACAGGUUUGCAAAAGUUACAGGAAUGUUUAGACCAGAAAGAUACAGAAUUGUCUGAAUUGAAGACUUCAAAGGAUGAGUUGGAGGAAAAAAUGCUCAAUCUUUCAAAGGAGCAUGAAAAGGAGGUCACUGAGCUAAAAGAGGAAUUGAAUAAAUUGAUGGAAGAAAAGAAUAGUUUUACUCAAGAACAGUUGCAAAGAUCAGAAGUAACACAAGGUGUAGUAGAACAACUAAAGGCAACACUAGACAGUCUUAAAACUGAGAAAAAUGAAUUAAAUGAAAAACUGAAAACAGUGAAUGAAGAGAAAGGCAAAUUGGAUAAAUUGUGUCAAGAAAUGAAAGCUGCCAACGAAAAAGAAUUAAAGGAGAGCGAACAAGAAUACCAGACCAUGAAGAUUGAUAGAGAUGAAGAAAUAGAAAAAUUGGAAGGACAGUUAAAGGUAGAAAAAGAGAAGUGUGAGAAAGUGAAAAAAGACACUGAACUGCAGUUACAGGAGAGAGACAAUGAACAUAUGUCUAAAAUUAAACAGUUAGCCAAGGAGUUUAAUCAGCAGAUGCAUGAAAAAGAAAAAGAAUUUGAAGCACAAAUGUCGGAAGUCAUUGAGAGGAGUAACCAGGAAGAGACACAGAAAGAUAGAGAGCAAUCUGAACUACUGGCUGAGGCCCAGAAAGACAUCUAUGAGAGAGACGAGAAAAUAGAUGAACUCAAAUUAGAUUACGAGUCAAGAUUGAAGGAGAAGGAUGCAGAGAUGAGACAGAUACAGGCAGACAAUAAAAAGUUGGUAACAGAGAUACAGCAGAGACAUGAGAUAGAGAUGAUUGAGAUUCAAGACAAAAUGAGACAGUCUCAGGAGAAAAUGUUAAUAGAGAAGGAUGUUAUGCAUAAAGAAGAAGUGGACACGCUAACUCAGGAGUGGCACAUUGAGCGUAAGUCAGCGCCAUCAUUGUCAGCAGCACCUCCGCCUGCUAAAUCAAACACUCAGGAGUUGCUGCACUAUAACCAGCUGACUAUGGAUGCGGUACAGACGGGGCUCGGGUCCGGGGACAUGGGCCAUCAGAUGAUUGCUCUCACCAAACAGAUAGAAGACCUGAAAGAAAAACACAGGCUUGAAAUAGCAGAAUUGAAAGGUCAACAGGACAUGAAGAAGUCUUAUUUACCUCAACCAUUGAUUGCCUCGCCAGAGGGGAUAUCUGGCUUUACAGAGGAUAGUUCAGAAUUACAGAUCAUGAACUUACAGGGACAAGUUUCACAACUGCAAGGUGAAUUAGCACAGAGCAAACUGAGAGAGAAGGAACUGAUAAAUAAGGUUGAAGACAGUAUACAUUCCAACAGUUACUCCCACCAUCCCCCUAGUCCUGGAUAUUUUACUGAUGGCACCCCAUCAGGACCUCUUCUUACAGAGCCUACACAGCUAGAGUAUUUGCGAAACAUUUUGUACAUGUAUAUGAUGGGAAAACAGACUAAAACCUUGUCCCGGGUGAUCGGUACUGUAGUCCAGUUCUCAGAAGAUCAGAUGAAACAAGUGUUGGCGAAAGAGGAUAAAUUUCACUGGUUACCAAACAGUUAGCAUAAGCACAACAUGGUUGUGGACUAUCAGUGAUGCAUUGUUAUUGAACUGUGAAGCAGUCCAAGUUAAUGUAUGAGAACCAAACAUCUACAGUGGAAAAUGACAUGGUUUAGAUUCCUUAUGAAAGAAACAUAUCACCUUCAGAAAAAAAAUUCUUUAUUUUAUAAUUGAUUAAUCGGGGUCAAGGUUAUUAAGGUUUUAGACCAGGCUCAGAAUUCAACAUUUUCAUUGGUCACUUGCAAGUUUUAGUUCAGAAUUGACUCAGAUGAUAUUUAUUUAUUUUUUGCUAUUAACUUACCAGAUAAAAUAACUUUUAGUUAAAUAAAUGAUUUUCAUAUCGGACCCACAAAUAUGCUCAAAGCAGUGAAUGUUAAAGCCUUGCUUGCCACUACUGAGUAUUUAGUUGCUAGAAUUUAAGAAGACAAUUGAAAUGGUGCAUGAACGUAAUGCUGUGAGAUUUAUUUAUGUUGCAAAUGUGAAUAGAAAGUAAUGCUAAUACUUCUGUUGUAAAUAUUAGAAGCAGAUGAUGUUGCCAGAAUUUAUUUGUAUGAUUUUGCUGUUAGAUAUAGUCAAUUAUUCAUUCUUUGAAAAUGCAUUUAUUUAAUUUUAUAUACUAUAUUAGUCUAGACAAUGGUCGUUUGUUCUUUCAAGUGCAUUAUAAAUUCAUUCUACAUCUGUUUUAUUAUAAUUUGUAUAUAAAGUACGAAUGUCAUGUUAAAAAUGCUGUGACAUUUGUUUAAAGAGAAAUGUUUCAUAUAGACAAUCUUGAAUAAAUUAAAACCAUUCUAGACCUGGUUUCUGGCUGUUGAACUACGUUUGUAGACCAGUCUCAGAAUGAAGCCUUCUCAUUGGUCAUUUUCAGGAUUGAAUUCAGAAUCAACCAAUCAGAAGUUUCUGGAGUGGUCUGCAAACUUGGACUUAUAGCCCUUAGCCCAGUAAUAGUAUAUUUUCCUGUAACUUUUGUUUGAUGUAAUAUUUGAGAUUAAUUAUGUAAGUCUUUAGAUAUGAAAGAGUUAUAUCUUUGGCUCAGUGCAUUAGUUGAGUGACUUCAAAUCAUUUACCCCUAACCUUAAACCACUGUAGGUAAUACUGAAAAUAAAGUGCAGAGAGGGGCGGCUGUUAGCUCACUUCAGUAUUUCCUGAAGUUUGUUGGUAAUGACAAAAUCCAACAAAAAUAAUCAGAUAGGAAAAGACCUGCGGAUAUUAUCCAGUGGAUGAAGGAGUGUAAUAUGUUUCCCUUCUAGGCAAUGUUGAUCAAACUUCAGUGCCACCAAAAGCAUUAUUUCUGUAUUAUCUAAACAGCCCUUUGCAUAUUUUGUCGAAUAACUCCACCUCAGUACUUUGUGGAUAAGUCCGUUUCGUAUCUCAUUCUUAGGUUGUAUUAUCGUGCAAUCAGAUAGGGGUAUCACCUUUUUAGCAUCCAAGUCAAAUCUAGCAAAAGUAGCAAGGUUGUAAAAGGUUAUAAACCUUGGACUUUUAUAAGUUACUGGUGCUGACUAUAUGUUGUCAUUUUAUCCUAAUUUUAUAUCCAAAAAGUGAUCAACUAUCAGGCCUAUCACUUUCUGUAACAUACUUUUGAAACAGAAAACAUAGUGUAUGUUAAAUUUCAUGUGUUUUAUGUUUGGAAAAUCAGUUCACAUUUUUGUAUUAAAUCUUAAAACACUGGUAACUGCUUGAAUUUGUCCAGUAAAUUUAAUCAAGCAGUUUACUAUAUUCCUGUAUAAAUCUAAUUAGUUUUCUUGAAAGUUUAGUAAAUAUGCCAUGUAUUUAAGUUUAAAACCUCUGGAAUGUAUUACAGAGGUCUGAGGUAUAUUUUAUCUAGUGCAAGUAAUUUCAGCAACUCUUUCAUAAACUCAGAAUGUGGAAUAUUACAGUUGCCUUAAUAUUUUGAAAGGAUUGAUCUUGAUCAAAAGUAUUGUCAAAUUACCAGUUGAUUCUUUGAAGGAAAUUUGUUGAACUGAAGGCACAGAUUUGUCAUUUGGCAGCAUUCAUGACAGUCACCUAUUUAUUUAUGUUUUUCAUCAGAAAAUCACUGGUAUACAUAUUUGUUAAAUAAAUUUUAAGUUUUGCAGUGUAUUAUGUAGCAGAAAAUGUUAAUUGUUUUGUUUGUUUUUCUGUAUGCAGUUUACUGUUGCAUGGCUACUUAUAUAUUUUUCAUAUUUUGUUAAAGAAAUUUUUCAUAUUUUAUUACAGUAUUUAUUGCUAAGUGUAUAAACUAUUUUGCUUAAUAUAUUAUAUAUUUGCCUUCUUUAUUUUAUUUAAAUUGUUCAUUCUAAAUUCUGUCAUUAUAAUACAUUGUAACUAAAGUUUGUACACCUGAAAACAGUUUUUGUAAUGUAAUUAUAGUUCCCUCCAACCCUUCUCUCUGUUGCCAUUAUAAAAUAUGUUCCUUUUGUGAAAGACAUCUGUUUAUGAUUUGUCAAGUCCUGAUUUUAAUAACCAUGCAGUCAUGUGUUCAAGACGCUUUUCAAAAUGUUUAUGGUCCUCUAAAAACAUACAUGUUUUUACAGUUGCUGCAGAUAGUAUAAUAGAGAUUUUCUGCAAUUAUUAUUUUACCCACGGUAACUUUCAUUGAGAAAUUGUUGUCUAUACAGGUUGUCUGUACAGUAAUAUGAUCUGCUUCCAUUGUAUAAUUUUCUUACUUAUUUUGCCAAAUAUAAAUUGAAUAUAUAUUUUUAUACUCCCUUUUGAAGGAGAGUGAGGUAUAUUGUUUUUUAUCCUGCCACAACCUUUGAUUUUGUUAAAAUGGGCCUGCUGUGUAAACUACAGACAUGUCACCCUGCCUUUAUAAGGCAGAUGCUGACAGACUUCAUUUUAGUACACAUUUUUAUGCCCCCAGGCAUAUAGCGAUUGAACUGUUUGUUAGUCCGUCUGUCCGAACCAGAUUGCCUACAGCCCACAUUGACGACCCAAUUUUGUUCAUAUUCACACUCGGCAAUUCUUGUGGCAAGACCUACAAAUUGAUUUAUACACAAGUUACCUUCACCUUCAUAUGACCUUCACCUUCAAACUUAAAACCUUAAUAAAUGUUUUUGGUCCUACAGCUCACAAAAAUGACCCAAUUUAGAAACUGACCUACAUAUAGAUGACCUUGACCUUCCAUCUGUACGAACCAGAUUGCCUACAGCUUUUGGCAAGACCUACAAACUGACCUAAUUAUAAAUUACGUAUAACUUAUAUCUUCAGACUUAAAACUGUAAUAAACAGUCCGCAUGAAUUACCCAAUUUAGGUUUUAAUCACACUCAGCAAGACCUACAAAUUGACAUUUAAAUAUAUAAAUGACCUUGACCUUCAUAUGAGUUUCGCCUAUAAAUUUGAAACCUCAAAAAUUAAGAUCUUUGGUCAUAAACAUUGGGGCGUGAUUUUGCAUUUUUAAAAUGCAGCUCCUUGCUUAAAUGGAAACAUUGCCAAAUAUCCUAAACUGAUUCUUCAUCAAUAUCUGAAACAUAAUGUAGAAUUGAAUGCAAUAAUAACAUACCUGCUGGGCAGUUUUAAGUAGUCUUAAGUUCAAACAGACUUGCAGGACUCCGACCAGUUAUUUUGUAACUAAAAUCAGCAUAUUUUGUAAUGCAAAUGCUCCUUUCUAUUAAUUUUGAAUCUAUGUGAAGCUCUGUUUAUACUUUCAAUAACAACGUCUUGAACAAAGUUUAACAGGCACAAAAAAAUUUGAACUUUACACACAUCGAUAUAUUGAUUAUCUAUUCGAGUUUUUAAAGGUCAGAAUUACAGUGACUUAGACUUAAAAAUUGUUUCUGGUCAACAGUGUGAGAAUGCUUAGACCAGCAAACCCCAUAGCUUGAUUGUUUUUGGUUAUUGUUUUGGGGUCAUUAGGUGAAAGGUCAGGGUCAUAGAUAUCUCCUGCAAGCUAUCACUUUGUGCAUUAGUUGUGUGAUUUACAAACAGAUUUUGAAGUAAAGGGAAAAUAGUUGAAAUAUGAAAUAUAAACUGUAUGUCCAUUUGUGCACUUAAGAUUUGUGUAUUUAUUGUUUUAUAUAAAGUGUAUGCCCGUUUGUGCACUUAAAUUUGUAUAUUUAUUGUUUUAGCAUAAGCUUAUAACUGCUUGUUAAAAAAUUGGUCCACAGCUUUAAAUUUUAUCAAGCAUUACAGAAGAAGUCGUUGAUGUAGAUGGAUAAUUUCUGGUUAUUAAAUGUAAGUUUGGUUUACAGUGCGUAAAUUUAAAAUGGCAUGAAAAUUAAAAAGCCUUAUGUCGAUUGAUGAUCAGUAAGGCUUGAAGGUCGGGCUGCUUCUUUAGUACCAGUGGUUGUCAACGUUAGACCUUAUUUGAGAAGCUCUUGAUGCUGUCUGUAAUUGUUUCAGCUUUGAAACUCUUGAUUGUGCCAUCCAGGAUUUUGAAGUAUUUUGUUUUUGUUUAUUUAGUGACAAUAAUUUAGUUCAGAUAAAGCUUUUCUGUUAUGAGUGUAAUAAUUCAUUUCAAGUGUUUUUAUUCAACUUUGAAGUAAAUUAUUUGAUGAACAUCUGUAAUAUAUUGGUAGACAUUACACAGUGUUAGGCAUUACUGGGCAUGCCUCGCCAUUGUAAAUGCCUUUGGAGUGAACAUUGUAACAAAAAUCAUGUAUCAAUUAAAUUGAUAAAUCCAUGGAAUUUCAACUUAUGCUUUAUGAGAAUGAUAUAAUUCUGUAUAUUUUUAAGAAUUUUUACUUGGUAACUAACUCAUUAGGUAGCUUUUAUACAUAAUUUAUAGAUUAAUAUUGCCUAAAAUACACUGAAUCUUUUUUUUUUCUUCUCUAUUUGCACUUGCUCAUAAAUGAAAGUAAUUUCUAAGUCAGAAAAUUUCCCCUGAAUCUGGAGACAUUCAGCUGCACAUUUGAAAUACAGUGCAUUGUCUUUUAACUCUUAGUAUCUGGACCAGAUUGAUUCUGCCUUUGCGACCAGUGUAGACCAAGAUCAGUCUGCACAUCCAUGCAGUCUGAUCAUGGUCUGCACUGUUCGCUGUUCAGUCAGUAAAUUUUCAGUAAACAUACCUUCAAAUCAUAAAUGGUACUGCCAAAAUUGGAAGAUGGAACAGUCCAUUAUAGAAAUUUAGCAGGGUAAGGGUUAAAUUCCUUAAAGGCAUAUUUUCUUUUAUUCACAAUUCUGAUUGCAAGUCAGUUCAUUUGUUGUGGUAUGUCUUGUUGAUCCAUCACAUUGUUAAAUGAUGAUAUAUUAAAUAUUUUAAGAUGUAUUUUGCUUUAGUUGUGCUCAUGGGACCAAUAAAAUGAAAUAAAUAUGA